AUGCACUACCAGAUUGCGUGGUCAACGUUGGGCGAGUUCCCAACAUUCGAGCCCGCCAGGGAGGCACUCAACCACAUGCCUUUACCUGACGAGAAUGCCAUGCCUGAGCACUCAGUUUCACACUACGAAGUACGGGACUAUUCACACAUGUUUGACGACGGAACAACCGUCGUCAUUGAAAAGCUUCCCGCCCACGGCAGCUUGAGUCUUUGGGACUACAUACGAGCUUUGGAGGAAUCGAAGGACCUCGAUUCAACAAUUUCCGCCGCCGCCAACCCCCUUAGGUAUGACAUUGGAAACUGGCUCGGGCAUUUUCACAACUGGGGCUCAGAAGAACAUGUGGUUGAGAAACUUCAGGGAAUUGCGAGAGACCCAGAUGUCAUUGACCAGCAUUGCAAAUCCAUCUCCAAAAAGCUAAAGGAGGCCAUUUAUCAGCUUCCUAAAGGCACUCAUGGCGCUCAGAAAAAUUUGGACAAAGUCCUUAGCUUGAUAAGGGCAAACUAUGCCAUUCCCGGGAAGAAACGAGCGUUUCAAAUUCUCAAUGGCAAUUUUGACCUAGUCAGCCUCCAUAUCAUGUACUUCCCGCUUGAUAAGCGGGACCACCCAAAACAUGUGCCAUCUGUUUACGUCUCGGAUUGGCGUGAUUUUCGUGAAGGGCAUCCUGCGUUUGACCUCGGUUCGUUGAUGGCCGACUUGGUUGUACUCUACGAGCAGAACACCACACUCGCGGGUGAUGUGGCCCGGGGAUUCACUCAAGGAUAUUUUGCCAAGGUCAAGAACAGUAGUUGCCUGAACAACAAGUUCAUGUUCCACGUCUUGGUACACAUUGGAGUGUGCAUGAUUAUACGAUGCCGUGGCCUUUUGGAAGAGAGCGAUGACACCGGCAAAGACAAGAACACCGGCAAGAGCAAGACUACCGCCAAAAGUAAGAAUACUGCUAAAGACAAGAACAAUGGCAACCAGGGAGGAAACGGCAAUGGUAACGGUACUGACAAUGAUCAUGGCAAUCCCAAACACCCGACGAACGACAAGAGGAAAUGCAUCAAACAAAUCGGCCUGCUUAACAAGGACGUGCGCUCCUCCUCCUCUCAAUCCCUCUCCGCCUACCAUUUGUCUCAGAAGAACUCGGGCCCCCCGCAGGCUUCUUCCCGUCGGUAUCUGUUGGGAUUGUCGCUGGGCGCCAGCUCGGCAGCACUGUUGGAGUUGUUGAAUGAGAAUGUAGAGUUUCAGCUCUCCAAGGGGAGGAAUGCGCCUUUUGAGUUGCAAGUGGUGCAUGUGAGUGGUGCUGCUGGUGCUGGUGCUGGUGGGGGACUACUGGAGGAUGAUGGGAAGGGGCAGGGGAAAGGGAGGACAACAACAGAGAGGGAAAAGGUGGAAGAGGUGGUGGUGAAGAGGUUGGGGAGCAGGUAUCCCAGGUUUGAGUUCAGAGUGGUUUAUUUGGAGGAGGUGGUUGGGUUGGAGACGGUCGAUUGGGAGGGGUUGGGGUUGGGGGAUUUUGUCUCGUCGGCGACUGAAGGUGGCAGGGAUGAUAAGAACGACUCGACGACGACGACGACGACGACGACGACGACGACGACGACGACGACAAAGGCGGGAAAGCUACAGCAACUCUUCGACAGCCUCCCCUCUACCACCUCCCGCACCGACCUCCUUCGCCUCUUCACGCGGCACUUACUCAUCGCCGAAGCGCGCAAAUCCCACUGUCACGCUUUGCUCUUGGGAAGCAGCACCACCGCCUUGGCCGAGUUGACGCUGUCCGAGACGGCCAAAGGGAGAGGGUUUUCGUUGCCAUGGCAGAUUAAUGAUGGAGUGUUGGGUGUUCCUUCCUUCAGCCCUUCCUCCCCUUCCUCAACCUCGCCCGCCGACGCUGGCAAAACAAAGAUGGAGGAAACAGGAAUGCUGGUGUACCACCCCCUCCGUGACGCUCUGCGAAAGGAGCUGGUCACUUUCACCAAACUUGCUGGUGAGCCAACACCAAUUGCGGAUUUACUUCCCGAGACGGAUUCGUCCACGACAACAGCAGCGGUGGUUUCUCACAAGGAUUUGAGCAUCGACGAGGUCAUGGUUCGGUACUUUGCGGAGGUGGAGGAGAAUUACCCGAGUAUUGUGGCGAAUGUGGCGAGGACGACGGGGAAGUUGAUGAGGUUGUUUGGUGGUGCUGGUGUCGCGGAUGAGGAUGGGGACGGGGAAGGCGGUAAGGCAGCGGGAGAGGAUGAAAGUGAGGAUAAUGACGAAGAGAGGUUGUGCGGGCUGUGUAGUAUGCCACUUGAUGUGCUUGGAGAUGAGCGGUGGAAGGGAGAGUUGGGAGAGGAUAGUUAUCGGGAUGCUUUGGCGGUGGAUGAGGGAGCGAGGAAGAUGAAGCAGAGGAUAUGUUAUGGGUGUGAGAGGUCGAUUCGGGGAUAG